UUGUGAAAGAAAAUGGCGGCCGUCAGAGGGUUGAGGUUAAUCGCUAUGGCCCUGAGAGCAGUCACUCUCUGGCCAGGGGGCAGCAGGCUCCUCGCGGCCUCUCGCGGACCUCGGGCGCUUCGGGAACUGUCGUCCUCCAGCCCCGAAGCUGGCGAAGGGCAGAUCCACCUCACCGACAGUUGCGUCCAGAGGCUUCUGGAAAUCACCGAAGGGUCAGAAUUCCUCAGGCUGGAGGUGGAGGGAGGUGGAUGCUCCGGAUUCCAGUACAAAUUUUCACUGGAUACAGUUAUCAACCCCGACGACAGGGUAUUUGAACAGGGUGGGGCAAGAGUGGUGGUUGACUCUGAUAGCUUGGCCUUCGUGAAAGGGGCCCAUGUGGACUUCAGCCAAGAACUGAUCCGAAGCUCAUUUCAAGUGUUGAACAAUCCUCAAGCACAGCAAGGCUGCUCCUGUGGGUCAUCCUUCUCUGUCAAACUUUGAUGUGAUGACAGGUGACCCAGAGAUUACCAUCAUCUGUACGGAUUUGAGGAACCUGGGAUUAGAAUAAUUCUAGAGGUUUCCUUCCAAUCAUGUCCCUCUCACAGUUUCAUUUCCCUCAAUCCAGGAAUGCUGUGUUUCACCACUAUUUAUUUUCAGAAUGUGAAGCUUUUACUCUUGAGUUAAUUUCUCCCACACAGUUGUAAGGCCAAGCCUGUAGAUGCUAUUACGUAAGAUUUAGUAGCUUGUUGAAACCAGUAUCAUCUGUAGAGCCUCCAAGGUUCCAGAAUUUGGAAUUCUCUGGCCUUCAGAGCUACUUGUACAUAUGUGUAUAGCUGUGUGUAAAAGCUUCAUUUUAAAGAAAGUCCUUAAUUACUUGUGUUGUGGAUCAGGGUCAUAGAUUGGGUAGGUUGAACACUGGUUACUAGGCCAGAGAGGAUGAAAAAGGCAAAUGAAAUGUUAUCUUUUUCAUCUCAUCCUUCCUGAAUGUGCUAGUUGACUUACCCUUAUUUUCUAUGCAGCCCAUUCUCUGCUUCCCAUUUGUUACAGCAGAUACAUUUUCCUCUCAUACUCAUGAAUCUGCUAGAUUCACAAAACCAAUUGCCCAUCACCCAGAAAACUUGGACCUAAACCUCACUGAUACUUGAAUUGUUUGAAAAAUAGCCUCAUACUCCAUAUUCACACAGACAUUUUAAGCUUCUUUGAUCCUUUAGUGACUGAAUCUUUUUAGAAUAUGUUGCUUCACUUACCUUAUGGUGUAAAAUGUUUCUGGUUUCAUUGCAUAGCAGGAAGUGGUCCCUUUGUUGGCAUAGAUAAUAGAUACUUGGGGAUUUUUUUUUUUAGUUUGGACUACCAGAUAAAAUGCAGGAUGCCCAUUUAAAUAUGAAUUUCAGAUAAAUAGCAAAUAAUUUUUAGUAUAAGUGUGUCUCAGUGAAUACUAGAAAUUAUUUGUUGUUUAUCUGAGAUUCAAAUUUCACCGGGUAUCCUGUAUAUUUACUUGUUAAACUUGGUAACCUUACUUUAGAGUCACUGAAAGAAGAGCUUUUUAGCUACAAAUUCCAAUGAAUUUUAAAGUACUUGUUUGGUAAAGCACUUAAAUAAGCUAAAGAGCUAGAAAUAAUCGUGGUAUGUGUGUGACGGAGCUGGGGCAGCCAGAACUGCAUGGACAGACAACUAAAAAAAGAUAAAAACACCACCACCAUGACAAAUGAUUAAUGAAUGCUAAUGCUGGGGAAACCACAACCAAGUUGAUUCUGUAAGGAUUAUUGGUUAAACCCAUCUUUUCCUCGAGAGCCUAAAAGUUCAUGUUGGCAAAUCUUGCAUUUCUGGACUGGAUUGAAAUUUUUCUAGACUGGAUUGGAAUUAAGGUCAUUCGAUAAAGAAUUUACCAUUAGAAAAAUAGAAAUACAGAACUUAGAGACAAAAUAGCUGAGACAGAAACUUCAUACUUAAUUUUCAAUAUGGGAAAACCUAGGACUUAGAGAAAACAAACCUAUCGUGUGUGCAGUCUGUACAAAGAUGAAAGAAAGGGACACUCAGAAACCUGAGCAGUUUUUUUUUUAGCAGAUAUCCAUGGAAGGGGGCAGAAAGCAGCGACUGUGGAAGUGUCUGUGUGUAACUUUACUAAGCCAUUGAAAGUUGCUGCCAAUACCUGGGCCUAAUAAGAUUUUCAGCUCAGACUAAGGCCUUUCAUCCUCGUUAGAAAGAGAUUUUGUUACAUUUUAGGUGUUAAACCUCUUCUUCCAUGAUAUUUUUGUGGGUUAUUUAUUUAUAUGGUGAUCUUAGCACUGGCAUAAUAGCUGUAGUUCAAAAAACAAUUAAAUUCCAGUGGUCAGUUAGGCA